ACUCUACAACAAGAAACAACAACAAGGUUUUUGCCACCAUCUGUUCCGUUUUUUAAGUGAUUUACAAGCAUUGUUUAGUUGUAAGACAGUAUUGACCGAGCCAGGAGAGGUGAUUUGAUUGUUGUAGGUGCUUUGACCUGUGUGUUAUACCCUCGACAAGACUGCCAGAUUGUUCAACAUGAAAGCAGACAUCUUGAGUCUUGUCAGUUUCCUAGGCCUGCAUGCCUGUGUCGGCAUGGUAACAGGCCAAGGAAUGCCAGGCCAGGGUGGUCAGCCAAAUGCUCAGGCCGGUCAGCAGGUCCAUCAGAUGAACCAAGGAGGCAACCCCAACAUCAUCAAAGUUCAUUCACAGGACAAAGACCACAUCAUGGAGCACCUGGACGGCGUGAUCGACAAACCAGAAAGCGAGAUGACCCCAGAGGAGCUCCAGCGACACUACUUCAAGCUCCACGACUACGACAACAACAACAUGCUGGACGGCACGGAGCUGAUCCAGGCCAUCACCCACUACCAGGACGAGCCGGACAGCAAAGUCAUGAAGGAGGAUGAGCUGAUGAAACUGCUGGACCCCAUCCUGAAGAGUGAGGACCGCAAUGGGGACGGGUACAUCGAUUACCCUGAGUACGCCAAAAGCCAGAGGACCUCAUAAAACCACGCAUGCUAGCAGUCACAAUUUGAGCAAUAUUUGUUCCAGGGUUUCCCUGCCCACAUUUCUUCCAAUUUCUUAUAAGGCCAAAAAAAAUUAUACUUUUGCUUCCUUUUACCCUACUUACCAUAUCGUAACAGUCUCUACUGUAAUUUAUUUGGGGGAAAAUGAGGGGGAAAAAACCAACUGAAAACCAUCAAUAACUACCAUUAAACCCUUGACUACAUGCGGACAUCUACAUAUAAUCAACACAAAGCAAAAAUGCCAAAGAGAAAAAGAAAAUCCUACCCACGUACCCUAUUUUCAAAUGCCAUGUAAUCGGAAGCAGAAAUAUUGUAUGUUUGGCCUCAUCAGUUUUCAUCUUCUUUUCUUUUGGUUUUGUCCUUUUUUCUGUCUUGUCUCUCAAAAGAGAAUUCUAAACAAGGUUGUAAUGAUUUUAUCAAUGCAUCAUGAAUAUGACAUUUGAGUGCAUAUAAGUUGCUGUAGGACUUCCACUUCCAGUGCUCUGCAUGACUAACACUCGCAUACUCAUGCACAACAUGUGGACAACAUGUUUUUUUUUUCAUUCCUUGUUAGGACUGGAUUUCAACUCUUGAUACCGGAGUACAUGUACUUAUUCUUUUAAUUUGAAAUUAUCUGAAAGUACUUGUGCCCAAUACAUUGUGAGAGAUAAUGUGCCUUAAAGGGAAUACACAUCAUUUGCUUUUGCUGUAAUUUUCAGAAAUGGAUGGAAUUGGGGGUUUGGAAAUA